AUGACGAUCUCCGCCUUCGUCGAGGAGUCGCCCACCGAUGAGGACGACGGCCCCGGAGUUCGAAGGCGGCGUUGCCACGAUCCUCCGGUGUUGAUCCCGGAACCACCGCUUGCCGACGCCGAGGCCCAUGACUUGCCCAUCACCGGAGUUGUGGAGGAAGAGGGGCUAGGAAGGGAGUCCUACUGCUCGGUGGGCAGCAACGAGGCCAGCCCCAGCGGCGCGUGCUGCGGCGCGGUGCGCGGCGCCAACUUCAAGUGCCUCUGCAAGUACAAGGGCUUCCUGCCCAAGGACAUCGACGCCAACCGCGCCAUGCAGAUCCCCGCCAAGUGCGGCUACGGGCCGGCCUCCUGCUAG